UACGGUACAUGAAAUAAUAGUAUAAUCUAAUAUACUGUAUGUAAUAUACGGUAUGUAUCUCCGUGUCUCUAUUCUAUGUUCGGCCUAACCAAAGAAAUUCCAAAUAAGUAUCUCAAAGGCUUAUAUUAGGCAGAAAUAUGAGAUUUACAGAGCUGCCAGGACCUGUCUUUAAGGAUAUUUUAAAAAUGGCGGCGCCCAUGGAGACCGUACCAGUCAGUAAAGACGCGGAUGCAAACAAUGAAGAAAGUCAGCAGGAGGAGUCUGAAGAGCUUGAAGAUUCUCCUGGCCCAGCAGAACCCCGGGUGAGGGACACCCCUAUGGACAUAUCUUUCGAGGCUGCAGUAAACACCAUUGCAUUCCACCCCAGUCAGGAUAUCUUUGCUGCUGGAGAUGUAGAUGGAGAUGUUUUUUUGUAUUCGUAUUCCUGCAUAGAAGACGGGAACAAGGAACUCUGGUCUUCCGGGCAUCAUCUGAAGUCAUGUCGAGAUUCAGCAUUUUCCAGCGAUGGUCAACAGCUUUUCACAGUUUCCAAAGACAAGUCUAUACAUAUCCUUAAUGUGGAGGAGGGAAAACUAGUGAAACGUAUCACCAAAGCCCAUGACUCUGCAUUGAAUAGCCUUCUCCUGAUAGACGAGAAUCUCUUUGCCACUGGUGAUGAAAGCGGGUUAUUGAAGCUAUGGGACCUCCGGAGAGGGACGGCUUUCAUGGAGAUGAAGAAUCAUGAAGACUAUAUAAGUGACAUGACUAUUGACCAAAACAAAAAGAUGCUCCUUACAGCCAGUGGCGAUGGAACAAUGGGAGUGUUCAAUAUAAAGAGACGCAGGUUUGAGUUGCUUUCAGAAUACCAGAAUGGAGAGUUGACAUCCGUCAGUAUAAUGAAGAGAGGUAAAAAGGUGGCAUGUGGUUCAAGUGAGGGGACAAUCUAUCUGUUCAACUGGAAUGGAUUUGGAGCAACAAGCGACCGUUUUGCUGUGAAGGCUGAGUCCAUUGACUGUAUGCUCCCGAUCUCUGAUAACAUUGUGUGCACAGGAUCCAUUGAUGGCAUCAUUAGGGCAAUUAACAUUUUGCCGAAUAGAGUUAUUGGUACAGUGGGCCAACAUCCAGGAGAGCCCAUCGAGCAACUAGCAAAGUCCAGGGAUGGCAAAUUCUUAGCCAGCUGUGCCCACGACCAGAAAGUGAAAUUCUGGGAUGUGUCAAAUGUCGGCUCCAUCAUAGUGGAUGUUUACAGGAAGCGGAAGAAGAACCGGCAGCUGACAGCCCUGAGCAAGAAAGCGUUUGGAGGGGCCGAUGACUUUUUUGCUGACCUGAAGGAGGACGGAACAGAAAAUAAAGAAAAAGAGGAGGAAGAAGAUGGAGAGGACAGUGACAGCGAUGACUCGGACAGCGAUUGAACACAGAGAUACGGCUAAACAUAAAUUCACUAGACAUUUGGUGAACAUCGGAGCUAGAGAUGAGCGAACUUACAGUAAAUUCGAUUCGUCACGAACUUCUCGGCUCGGCAGUUGAUGACUUAUCCUGCGUAAAUUACCGUAUAUACUCGAGUAUAAGCCUAGUUUUUCAGCACGAUUUUUCGUGCUGAAAUCGCCCCCCUCGGCUUAUACUCGAGUGAAUUCUCCGCCUGUCAAUCCAGAGGGGGGGCUGGAUGAUGACGAAGGCCGCAGUGGUCUUCAACCUGCGGACCUCCAGAUAUUUCAAAA